AUGUCAGACACCGGCUCCCCCGCGAACAAGGCUGCCGACGACGCCCCGGCGCCCACAGAACACCUCAACAUCAAAGUCACAGACAACAACAACGAAGUCUUCUUCAAGAUCAAGCGCACAACAGCACUCCGCAAGCUCAUGGACGCCUUCUGCGAGCGCCAGGGCAAGCUGCCGAGCAGUGUGCGGUUUCUGUUUGAUGGGCAGCGCGUCCAGGCGACGGAUACGCCGGAUACGCUCGAGAUGCAAGACGGCGACAUCCUCGAGGUUGUCCAGGAGCAGAUUGGUGGCGGCUGUUGA